UGUACAGCGACACAUCUGCUCGCUAUGUUACGUACGAUUUUAAUAUGUUGUAGACGAACGCAGACAAAUCCGUGUAAAUAACUGGAAAAACAAGUAUUUCAUCCUGCGGUUGACUGCAGAUAACUUUAUCGCUUUAAUCGUUUCUUCGUACACAAUCAACAUAACAAGAUUGCCUCGUUCAGGAAGUAAUGUUUGAACUUCCAUGUGUUUAGUAAAUCACUUAUUAUUAUGGAUUAUUUUUCUGUUCAGGAAAGUGCCAUUUUUCUUAUGGAUUCCUUUUGAAAAGAUAUAACGUUGACAGCAUUGAACCAGACACACCGUAAACAAUUUAAGAUGGAUGUCCCAUCAAAUUCGUCAGUAAUGGCGGAUCGACUUGAGGACUGGAAUGACGAACUGUCUCAAAUCCUUGUCCCGGAUUCCGUCAUUCUGAUGAUAUACUUAGUCGUUGGAGUACUAGGAAACUCCAUCGUCAUUUACAUACAUACAGUCCGACUCAAGUCUAACUGGAAAGAACGUUUUUUCAUACCUGUUUUGGCCGUUGUGGAUUUAAUAUCAUGUGUCGUAAGUACUUCGUUUAGUUUCUCCAUAAACAUGCUUCCCGUGAAAUACAGCAACGACAGCGCGUGCAAGAUAAUGUUUUUCCUCAAUAUGACGUGUACUAUGAUGUCAGCGCUCAUGCUUGUCGUCAUAGCAAUCAACAGACAUAGAAAAAUAUGUAAACCUUUCAGUAAACAAAUAAACAUGUUCUGGAAGAAGAUUGCUAUUGUUUGUAUUACUGGCGUCUCCUUGGUGAUGUCCUGGCCUUGUUUCCUCUUCUACGGCUCCAAGGAGGUGUACAAGGAGGAGAGUCUCACUAUAGGAUACCGUUGUACCAAUGUCCGGGGACCCUGGUCAACAGUCCAGCCACUGGUAUUCAAGGCUGCUGUCAUGCUGUUGGUGGCCUUCAUUCUCGUGUCACUGGUGGUCUUCUAUGUCCUGAUAGGAAUAGUCGCAUUCAGGCAGAUGCGCUUUCACAAGAAGCAGGGUAUCGCUUAUGGUGCCUCAGACGACAGAUCACAAAACACUAAAUCCCCGAAUUCAAAUUCUGGUGAUUUAUCAUAUGUCACAGAAGUACCGGACAAAAAUAGUGCGCCUAAAAUCGAUACUCAAAAAUCCUCAGAAGCUGACAUUUCAUCACCAAUCGACAACAAUGCAAAAUCGCUGAACAUGGUUUCUGAUUCUGAUCAAAAGUCCUCUUCUAAUAUUGGACACAACCAAAGGCGAUCAACAACGUGUACAAGUGCUCUCAAGAUUGAUCAGACAACCAGAAACACUGGUCCCUCAAUGACCCCGGGGGUGCGACUGUCGCUCAUCUUCAUGUUGAUCACUCUGGUGUUCAUUGUGUGUUAUGUACCAAAAGUGGGACUGAUGAUCUACGAAUCCCGGAAUGAGAACUUCUGGAUCGAGCUUACCCCCUCGGAGUUGUCGGGCUUCAGGUUCCUUUACACUGCUUUUAUCAUCAACAACAUUGUCAAUCCUAUUAUCUACGGUUUCCUCGACCGACGAUUCCGUGACGAGGUGUACGGAUUGUGUCCCUGUGUGAAGAAAUAGCAUUUCUUAUUUCGAAGUGGAUGUCUACAAGAAGGCUUAUUUCUUGAAAACAUGUAAAACGUCUAAGUUUAUUUCUUUUAUUAUCGGAAAGAAUGAAAGAACUAGUGGGCAAGUUGGGAGUGAGUUUGCCGAACCGUCGGUAUCUGAUGUGACGCAACAAUUACAGACAAGUGUGUGACAUUACUAAUUGUUCGCAAGAUUGUCGUCGAAAGUUAAUAUUUAUAUGGAUGGAAUUGGUACAUUCUUCUCGGAGGAUUACACUCCGUGUCAUUAGAGUGGAAUGAAACUAUUUGUGUUCAAAGUCGUCACGCUGAAUUGAUGAGAAAAUUGUCAACGCCGUAACAAAUACCCAUGUGCUUUUCGUUAUUCACAGAGGGCGCUACUUCGCUGUUGAACACAGUAUAGUGGAUGUUUGCACGUGGAGCAUUGUCCCUCAGAAAACAAUACGGCUUUCCGAAUACAUGUAUUUCUAGCAGGUUUAUCUUAAAAGUGUACAGAUAUCUAAAGCUGAUGGCUGUAACAACUUUGUAAGUGGAUGUAUUGCAUUUUUAUAAUUAUACAUGAAUGUGCAGGAACUGUGAAUGCUACUGUAUUUUAGGCAGUGGAAGGUAGUUGUUGAGUAAAUUAUAGCUUAUAAUAUCUUACCUUUACAUAUCCGACUUUAGAUAAAACAUCCAGUUCGCUUUAAAACAAAUUUAAUUAUUCGUCCAUUUAUGAGGGAACACAUUACAGCAUCGCAUUAUCUGAUUGGCUGGCUAGGCGUCAACACUACUUGUCCGGAACAUAAUUAUCUUCCUUGUUAGGUCAUCUACAUUCACGAAACUUGCAAUCCAUAUUAUUCUUAGAAAGGCGAAGUGUUUCGUACUGAACUGGUAUCUGAAUCUCGCUAUACACAAAAUUACGUCACUUGGUUUAUUUGACGAGCAUUAUAUUACAUGUACUGUCUUGUCAUUUCACUUACAUUCAUGAAACUUGCUAUACAUUUAUAAAAUGCGGAUUUUCGGUACACGUACGUGUCUCAUUAGAUAUCUAUUCAUCGCCCUUUGUUCAUUUCAACACCAAAGCUUGUCCGUGGCAUAACGUCCUUGCUAAUGUAUACGCAUAUGUGUCUUAGGAAGGCGGAGUACCACAUGCUUACAUUAGGUCUUGUGCCCUACUAUGUAGAGUUGUGGCUCCUUAUAUAAUUCUUGAUACUAAAGUUGAUCAGAACAUGACUUCCUUUAUAAUUCACCUGCGUUCAACAACUUGCGCUACUUAUUUAUCAUUACAUGGCGAAUUGUAUUAUACUAGAGUCGGGUUUUGUGCCCCACUCGACAGAGUUAUGUUCCUCUGUUAUUCCUACAAUUUGUUUAGACCAUUACGUCCAUGCCAUUUCCAUUACGUUCAGCAAACUUGUAAUUCUAACGUAUGUCUCAUGGAAAAGGCAGAAGGUCUCGUUUUUACUUUCACGUCUCACGCCCCAGUGCUGUGGGCCUUUUUGUUUCUGAAACAUCAGGAGGAUUGCCGAUUAGAUGAAGAAAUAUCAUCCAGUCAUAACAAAUAUUGUGCACUUUUAAUAUACCAUCAUGCUCUUUGUUUCAUCUCCCGCUGUAACUAAGCAUAUUUUCAUCACGUCAUUUUUCCAUUAUUUUCCAUCUUGUCCAUUUUUCCAUAUAGGUGUAUCCUUCGUCUAUUUCUACUAAAAACUAUGCAAAGGAUAUUUAUGACAUGUGAUGAGCUUACAUUACUCCGCCUCGGGGUACUGUAUUUAUAUAAUGCAAUGUGUUGUUAGAUAACAAUAGAGAACUUUAUCGUUCGUAAUAAAGGCUAGUGCUAUUUAACGUUUGAUACAAAUUGUCAUUGUUAGAAUUGGAAUCGAUGUACAAUGCACCGAAACUUGUAUAAAACACAUUUAUACUUGAUUCAUUGAAUUGUGCAUGAUAUAUUUGGGCAAAUUUAUUUAAAGAAUUGUGUCUCCUCAUUUUGGCUUAAAUAUGCUGUUUAUUUUUCUAAAUAACUGUGAAAAAUCUAAAAAUAUACGUGACACCAGUGUACGUUUUUCAGACUGAAUUAUCAAUUGUAUUUUGAUGAGAGUAUCGAAUGGACAUCCUAUAAGUCUAUGUUAAAUGUGUAACCUUUUAUGUAAUCCGACUUAUCAUACGUGUGGUUAGGUGUUAGAGCUUUCUAGAGUUAUGUUAUACGCCUGUGUAUUUAUAACCCGAACGUGUUGAUUGUAUAAUGAGUUUUAGUUUAUGGUUCGAGAGACAAUAUCUAAAGACAUCCACGCUCCACCUCGUGUUACACAAGGACACAGGUUAGGGGUUUUAUGCUGAUUAUUUGGAGCUUAUCGGUCAUUUCCGCGUCUGCGAUGAUGAAAUGAACGAGGUGUUCCGAGGGUUAUGAUUUGAAUGAAAAUAAAUAUUUACCUGUUGUAGUGGUGUACUGCACAUUUUAUACACGUUAUACACGCGUUGUUUUUUUUUACCUCGCUACAAUGUGACUCAUCGUUAGUACAGCUGCGGAUAAUGUCUUUCACUCAUUGGUUCACAUUUAAAAUGACACACGUUUGUCAGAGUAAAGAAAACAUUAUCACAAACCUGUAAACAUCCGUUAUCGUCGGAUUACUUACACAAUUAUAAGAAAAUGUUUGAAACAUUUUUAACAAGGAUCAACAAAUGUGAGAAGGACUGAUAUUGUGUGCUUUUUUGUGUCAAGGGAGGUAACGUUAAUGUCGGUUUUCGAACAGUACCCCAGAAAAUAUCCGGUGAGAAUGUUAGCCUGAUUUCAAAUUCAAAGUUUCUUUACUAACAAUCCAAAACACAUGUAGUACUUUUACACCAUUUACGAAAAAGUUAUUUGUGUCUGAAGUUCACCCUCUUGUAGGUGCAAGGGAGAUACUGUAUAUGCAAGUAUCGUUUGUUUUCUAGAUUAUUUUUAUAUCUCAAUAACAAUACAGAAUGCCUUGUCGGAUAAGUCAUAUAAUGACGAUAUAUCAGUUAAAACAUACCAUUUGUACUGUCAUGCCAACAAAUAAAAACGUAUUCUGCA